AUGAUGGCAAUUGAAGCUAACGGAUGUGCGCUGCAGGAGUCACAGGAAAUACGAAGCCCCGAGGCACGCUUCCCCAAGGAUGAUCCCAAGAAGCCCGUCCACCUCACUGCCACCAUGGGCUACAAGGCUGGCAUGACGACCAUCGUCCGUGAUCUUGAGCGUCCUGGAGCCAAGAUGCACCGCAAGGAGGUUGUCGAAGCUGUCACCAUCGUCGAGACCCCCCCAAUGAUCGCCGUCGGCAUCGUUGGCUACAUCGAAACCCCCCGCGGCCUCCGCUCUCUCACCACCGUCUGGGCCGACCAUCUCUCAGACGAAGUCAAGCGCCGCUUCUACAAGAACUGGUACAAGAGCAAGAAGAAGGCCUUCACCCGCUACGCCAAGACCCACGCCGAUGCCGCUGCCUCUACUCGCGAGCUCGAGCGUAUCAAGAACUACUGCACCGUCGUCCGCCUCCUCGCCCACACCCAGAUCCGCAAGACCCCACUCAAGCAAAAGAAGGCCCAUCUCAUGGAGGUGCAGGUCAACGGAGGCAGCAUUGCCGAGAAGGUCGAGUUCGCCCACGGCCUGUUUGAGAAGCCUAUCGACGUCGACUCUAUCUUUGAGAUGAACGAGGUUAUUGAUGUCAUUGCCGUCACCAAGGGUCACGGUUUCAGCGGUGUCACCUCCAGAUGGGGUACCAAGAAGUUGCCUCGCAAGACACACAAGGGUCUGAGGAAGGUUGCCUGUAUUGGUGCCUGGCAUCCAUCUCACGUACAGUGGACCGUUGCCCGUGCCGGUCAGGACGGAUACCACCACCGUACCUCUGCCAACCACAAGAUCUACCGUAUCGGCAAGGCUGGCGACGAGGGUAACGCCUCGACUGACUUUGACGUCAGCAAGAAACAGAUCACCCCAAUGGGCGGCUUCGUCCGAUACGGCGAGGUGAAGAACGACUUCGUGAUGCUCAAGGGCUCCAUCCCCGGCGUGCGCAAGCGUGUCGUCACCCUCCGCAAGACCCUCUGGCCGCAGGUGUCGCGCAAGGCCACCGAGAAGGUCGACCUCAAAUGGAUCGACACCUCGUCCAAGUUCGGCCACGGCGCAUACCAGACCCCUGCCGAGAAGAGGGCGUUCCUGGGCACACUCAAGAAGGAUCUCGCUUCGUCUUCGUAA